GCAAUAUUAAAGAAAGUAGAAUUCAAUACAUCGCGUGCAGGGAUAUUUCGUCUCACUUUCUACAUCACAAUAUACAGCCAAUUAUCCAUUUUCUUCUUUGUCAGUACUUCCUGUAUACGUGAGAAUUUUGUGUACAUCAUCAUGAUGCCCAGCCCAAGUUUUGAAGUAGUCGGACGUAGCCGUUAAGAUACUUCGGAGGUCAACAUCAACCCAGAAGAACAUUUGUUUUGUCUGUUUCAAAACACCAGAUACAUACACGCGGUCUUAAUUUACCAUAUAAGACAUUUUAUUUUGCUAUCAGUUGAGUAUUUGUGAGAAGAAGAGUUAAGAACGCAUCACACGACGAACGAGACAGUCAUUUUUUUAUAACAUCCAAAACUUAUUAUAAGAAGGCCAGCAGACGACAAAGAAGUUAGUCUUGAAGACAGGUGGAACCCGGCGUACAUUUCCUUACAUAAAAUCAAUUUCUGACGUCACGCUAUGGUACCUGUACAAUAUGUUUAUAGAUACGUUGUUUUUAUAUGUUUGUUGAAUGUAUAUCCAGUGCCAGUGCCAGUGGUCAAAGCUAGUGACAAUUCUAUCAAAAUGUGUAAUUCGACUAAAACAGAUCAAAUAAAUUGCACAAGGAAUUCCUCCGUUUCGCAAAAUAAUGGAAAAAAACCGAAGAAAAGUUUCUCACUUCCUCAAGAAAUAUUAAUAACAACAAUGGUGAUCUCCACAGUUGGUGUCCUAACAAAUGGUCUUCUUAUUGUUGUUAUUGUGAAGGAUCCUUUAAACAAACUAAGACGAGGACCGUGGAUUACUAUCUUAAGCUUAUCUAUAGCUGAUUUCACUGCAUCUCUGUCCCAAUUCAUGAUUGUUGGAUUGGGUAGAUUGUUCGAGAUCAAACCAUCAAAAGCUGUCAUUUAUUCUUUCCUUUUCUUUUGGAUGUUUGGGGCUGCGGGCUCAUUUUUUCACUUGACAUCACUCACAUGGCAAACUUACAUGAUUGCAAAGUAUCCCAAAUAUAAACAACAAAUGUUAUCUACGAAGAAAAUUUACAUACUAUGCGCCACAGUUUGGUUGAUUUCCAUUUGCAUGGCAUUUGGUGAACUCACAUCAAUUUACACCAAGAAAAAUGAACAGCUUAUGUACACCUAUAUCACGGUAUAUGCUGUCUUGGAAAUCGCUGUUUUACUUCAGAUCAUAUUGAAGUGUUUCAUACUUAAGGUUGUAUUGCAAAGUCGACAAGACACUAAAGUAAAUGCUAAACAGUACAACACUAAACACUUUGAAAUUGUAAAGGCAAUCAUUGUGCUGAAUGUCUUAUUACUGGUAACUGCAUUUCCUUAUUUUGUCGCCAAACAAGUGGAGUUUAUUCAAAGGCUUGGAAAAAUACAAGGUGAAUUGGCUAGGCGUUUUUCUUACUACUACGAACCAGUUGCCAUGGUGAAUUUCGCUGUCAAUCCAAUUGUGUAUGCACUGAGGCUUCCAGAUUAUCGAAACAGUACGAAGGCGUUGUUUAAAAAGACUAGAAUUGUUUCCAUUCAAAACCAGGGCAUUCCAUCUUUUCAUUUCGUACUAGUGCUAGUAAACCUGUAUGAUAGAUAAUAUGUUCUAAACUCAAUUUGAUUAAAAAUGUACGAAUAGUGCUAAUAGUUUUUAUUGGAAGAAUAAAUUCCAAAGUGACAAACAA